CGAUACUUCUUUGAUGCAGCUUGCUGAUCAAUGUGCCUUUAGCCAAGCUGCAGUAAAAGCGUAUAGGCAGAGGUCCCCGUCUUGUGCAGUGAGCACACACCCUUCGGUGUUUAACAAAGAAGCACGACCUCGCAAGAAGCAAGAGUGCCUUCCUCUUCCCCCAACUCCAGACAGCGCGCUGCUCAACCACCAUGGAGACGGUAACUUCGCCCAACAUCCUCCGGAUCCGCCAGGGCCGGAUCGACCUCUCGUUCCACCAAGUCGUGGGCGAGGUGUUUGCAUACGUGCUGUCGGAUCCGCGCCUCUUCCUCUCCUCGUUGCCGCCGUCCCCCGAUACAAUUUCCUCCCUGCCUCUGGUGGAUCUCUCUGUUUCAUCUGCGCCGCACGCCGACGCGUUCGCUGCGCUGCAAAAGGGCGAAACGGAUAUCCUCGUGGGUUGGUUUGACGGAAGCCACGGCACGUACCUUGAGCCGUUUCAGAAGGACGUCAUCGUGCUCGGCGACCCGUCCAAGAACAUCAGCGCCUUGCCUGACGACGACGACGUCGCCGCUGCCGCCGCCUUUUCAUCCCCGCCCGUCUACUCGCCGUACUGCAUCUGGGGCGUCCCCUCCUACGUCCCUGAGGCGCUCGUCCCCGACGUUAGAAGCCUCGCCAAUAUCGCCAUUGCAGCUCGUUUCAAAAAGGAGGAGGGGACAGAGAAACACGUCCUGCAGGGCAUCGCGCCCGGCGCCGGCAUCUCCCGCUUCAGCCGAGAGAUGUUACACAAGUAUGGCUUGAAUGAAGCCGGCUGGGAGUUCCGCAACGGCUCGCAGGAGGACUGCUUUUCCGCAUUCGAAAAGGCAGUGGAGAAGGAGGAGUGGAUCGUCAUUCCCCUCUGGCACCCACAGUAUCUCCACGCUCAUCACAGUAUCCGUGCACUCAAGGAGCCGCAAGGCCUGCUCAGGCCCGUCGAUCACGCGCGUCUCGUCCUGCGCAAAGACUUCCUCAAGCAAUUUUCUCCCCAGCAGCGCUCCGCCAUCCUCGGCGUCCUGCAGCGUGUCACGCUUGGCAAUUCCGCCGUCACGGAGAUGGAUAGCUACGUACACGUGGACAAGCUCGACUAUCGCUCCGCUGCGCGCAAGUGGAUCCGCGCGCACCAAGCCCAAGUUGAUUCGUGGUUCGAGAACGGACACGUGGACAUUGUGCAGCGCGCCACACAGCUAGACCAGUACCUCCUUGAGGAUGAAGCCGCCAUCACCGCCAAGCAGCACGCAUACGCCAUUCCAGCGCGCGCCCCAGCCGCUGCCGGCGCCUACAGUCCGUUCUCGACGUCGACCACCGCGCCACAGAUCAUCCAUACGUCGUUCCAGCUGCCCUUUGGGCCGGAUGGUAAGCUGGCAUACGUCGGACCCAUCCUACCAAACGAUGCUUCAGCAUCCAAGACGUCGCGCAAGACGAUCACCGAGGACGAAGGCCUUGCUGCCGCCCGCCUCUGUGCCCUGAAUCUUCUCGCCCAGCUCCGUGACGCAGCCAGUGGCGACCUCGCGCGCGUGCAGCUGCUGCGUCUUGAAGGUUACGUCGCGACGGCCGAUGUCGAUGGCCACUUUGUGAACGUGCCCAGGAUCCUCAACGGCGCGUCACUCCUCAUCCGCCAUGCCCUCGGCGCGCAACGGGGCGCCCAUUCCCGCACCGCGCUCACUCUGUCGACCAAUCCACUCGAUGUUCCCACCAUGAUUGGCGCAGUUGCCGAGCUGAGGUGGUAAGGCGCGUGUUCAAAAGAUCAUCUUACAUACAGCGCAUUCCAUUUUACACAAUCUCUCCAAAGGAGUAGGAGCAGACGCGUCUGUCUAAUGAUUGAGAACAGCUUGUUGAAAGUAAUUUGAGACCUUCUGAUUUUUGGCACAAGGAAGACGUCUUGGAUCUGCGUCCGUGCACAUGCUCACUUCCAGGUUUCGAGCGGGCGCCUCUGACGCCCGUGCGGCGGGCUAGCUAGCUUGAGCACUCGUAUGGUGAUUGGAAGACAUCUAUGAUGGUGUACACUUGGCAAUAC